AUGGCUAGAAACUUCGCCCGUUCCGUCCGUCUUCCUGUGCACUUCCGCUACCAAUUUGCUCCUUCCAGCAGGUCACCGUCGUCGGGAGGAGCACCCCAGUUCCUGAAGCCAGCUGCAGGAGCGCUCAUCGAAGCCUCCGUUUCGCACGCCAUGGCAUAUAGCAUCUGCGUAGCACCCACGCUGGCUGGCUCCAAAUCAGCGAAAGCUAACAAUGGUUUCACGGUCUCCGCUCUUCCGUUGUGGGCUGCAGCUGAGCUCCGCGACAGUCUUUACCUACCGCCCUGGUCGUACCGCUUCCAUUACGUCCGGCAGUGGGACUGCGCAAUCGCCGAGAAUGUGCUUUGUAUGUGGAAACCGACUGUGGCAAAAGACAUUUACAUCUUGUCAUUUCACCCGGCGAUGGCCACAAGCUCCAUGCAACUUCGCUGUGGAUUUUACUUGGUGCUCGACCGUAGUGACUCAUGGCAGCAACUUCAGAGGGCCGCAAAAUGGAUGUCACGGUGCUGCCUGCCUCUACACGAGCUUCAGGUCGACAGCCAGCAAGUUACUUACAGCAGCUGGAGCUCGUCCAUCUGGCACCAAAUGAGCAUCGUUUUGGUGGCCGCCAGUAUCCGUCGUGGCAAAGGUCCUUUGCUGUUGAUAGAAACUUCGCUAGUAUCUUAUCGUCCGGCGUGCUGCAGCCGCAGCCACCGGCAACAUUAG